CCUACAAGCCUCACCUCACCUGCCCCUUCUCUCCCCGUAGGAUACCUGUCGGGCGGCGGGCGGUCAUCCCCAUCCCCGGCCUCGGUCAUGGGCGUCGGCAAGGGCCCCAGCGGAGGACCCACGCCCUCCACGCCCGUCUCCUCCGCGUCCCUGCACUCCCCGUCCUCCCCAGCACACAAGGGCGGCUCCAUGACACCCACGCAGGAGGAGGACAGCAUUGAACCCGACGUGGAUGUGACGGAUGAGGGGGAGAUGGAGAGUGAGAAGGGCGUGGGGGGUGACGGAGGCGCUGACGGAGGGGGUGGAGGUGGUGGUGGCGGCGGAGGAGGCGGGGGAGGCGCAGGGGACGGGGAUGAGUUCACGCCGAAGAAGAAGCAGCGUCGAUAUCGCACCACCUUCACGUCCUUUCAGUUAGAGGAGCUUGAGAAGGCCUUCGCGCGGACCCACUACCCCGACGUGUUCACCAGGGAGGAGCUCGCCAUCAAGAUCGGGCUGACGGAGGCGCGCAUACAGGUGUGGUUCCAGAACCGGCGGGCCAAGUGGAGGAAGCAAGAGAAGGUGGGUCCCUCCACGCACCCGUACGGCGGCUUCCCCGUGUCGUCGCCGCUGCCGCUGCAGAACCCGGCGCUGCCGCCCACCAUCUCCAGCCCCUUCGCCGCCAGCCUCGGCUACAUCAGGAAGCCGCCGAGCUUCGACUCUCCGCUUCUGCCUCCCUCGGCGUCUCGGCUGCCGGCCUCGUACCUGCAGGCCACGACGGCCCAGCUGCUGCCCGGCGCCGGCUACCUGGCGGGCGUGUCGGGGCUGCGGGACCUGCACCAGUACCGCGCCGGGCUGCUGCACCCGCCGCACUACCCGCCCUCCUUCACGCACCUCCUGGCCGGCCUCUCCUCCAGGCCGAAGCUGCCUGAGUCAGACUACGCCGCCCUGCUGGCCUCCGUGCCCGGCCUCCAGCCCCCCCUGGUGGCCCCGCCGCCCCCUGUCACGCCCCCAGACCCGCCCCGGACGAGCGGCAGCUCCUCGCGGGGCCGCUCCUCUUCCCCUGUGGGCGCUGUGGGCGGCGUGGACCAGGACCGCCGGGCGUCCUCUAUCGCGGAACUGCGGCUGCGGGCCCGGGAGCACGAGCUGCGCCUCGAGCUGCAGCGGAAACACGGCGACGUCGUGACCUGAGUCUGUUUUCUGACCUGACCCCGCCCCGACCCGCCCAGACCCGCCCCGCACGCACGCACGCACGCCCCGGCCCCGGCACACGGCAGGCAGGAAGGAAGGAAGUGCACGCAGUGCCGCCCACAGGAUGCGGUGACUGGCCGCGGCGGGGGCGGGAACGCGAGACGUUGCGGCGCCGCGGGUGGCCGGGGCGGCGGCGGCGGCGUGCGAGGCGGCGGAUCUUGCGUCGCCGUCCACCUCAGGGCCAAGGGGCCGCGUGCGUCCCUGGCCCCGGUCCACCUCAUAUAUUUUCCCUUGUUGAACGCUCUUGCAGUCACUUGUUACUUAAGGUGCUUUUGUGAACCUUUGGCCUUCGAUGAUUCCUUCCCUAGACACUCCCUGUAACCGGCUCCGUCCGUCCGUCAGCUGUGCUAACAAUACUAACGUAGCCUAAGUUCAUUUUAAGUACCUCAGACCUAGCCUAAGUCUGUUGUCAUAUACGUAAUGCCGUCCAGCGCGGGGGGAGAGGAGGGGGACGCGCCCGCCAGGGUGAGGGCCACAGGAAGACCAUCUUGACCAUGGCAAUGGCAGCAUGUAUUAUUUGCCAUCUGAUCUAAGAUCCUUGAACUCUAGGCAAACACAGAUGCGCUACACGGGAAAAAAAUAACUUUUGGUGUGACGUUUCACUGAAUCUAUGCAAGACAACAAACACUGAACACUAGAAACCCUUAGAUCCGAGAUACUGAAUGAAGCCAUGAGGAAGAAAGAUCCACAACUGAAGAAUAGAGAGAGAAAGGAGUAGAAGGGGACUUGCAGUGAGGAUAAAGGAGGAAGGUAUAUAGAGAAUAAAGAACUAUUUUUUUAUAUAGUAACAUAUAGGGUCACCAGGGCGCAAAUAUACAAAGGAGUACAUAAGAACAUAAGAACGUAAGGAGUCUGCAAGUGGCCGGUUGGGCUAUAGAAGGCAGCUCCUAUAAGUCAACCCCACCUUAUCUCACUAUCCAUGAAUUUAUCCAACCUCUUAUUGAAUGUAUCUAUGGUAUUGGCACCCACAACAUGACUGCCAAGCCUGUUCCACUCAUCCACCACUCUACUGGUGAACCAAUUAUUGCCAUGAGUAAGAAUAAGUAACAAAAACAAGCGUAAAGUAUUAGAGGAACAAAAGUUAUAUGAAUACAAUGAUGGCGCCCGUACCAGCACCCCUGUAAAUGAUGGUCCUUCGGCGCUCCCCCGCCCCCCCCCUGCCCCCUCUAAACCGUCCGUUCUCACCCCUCCUAACACGAAAUCUCCCCAACCAUACGCCCUAAAGACCCUUCACCUUGCCUACCCAACCCCCAUCGCCCCAUACUUGCCCUUCCUACCCAACAUCCUACCCAACCAUACGCCCUAAGGACCCUCCACCUUGCCUCCCCAAAUCUAUUCGUCCUCCCCCUCUCUAACACACAAUCCCCCCCUAUAGUAUGCCCCUAACAAUGCUCUCCCCACCUCCCCAACUUUCUUUCCUUUUUCAAUCCUUCAAACGCAAUCCUCCCCAACCUUCACCCUCCCCUCUAUCCCAUCUACCUCUAACAUCCACCCACCACCUUAACCCUCACCCCCACCACAGUAACUAACCCCUACCUCUCUACCUGCCCUUACUAUAUGUUCUUGAUCCACCACUCCACCUGCCCCCACCAACCCCCUAACAUCCACCCUCCCCCCUACAUAUCUUAAAUCCAACCCUCCACCUUCCUCUCCACAGCCCCAUAACAUCCUCCUCCACCUCCCCUAACCCUCAUCCCUAACACAAAAAACUCUACCCCUCCUCCCUACAUUCCUCCACCGCCCCACUUUUCCUCUCCCCAACCUCCUAACACCCUCCCACCUCUCCUCCCCUCUCCUAGCCCCCCCAACCCAUGCCUCAUCUCUCUGUUGCCAUGUUCCUUGAGAUGUUGUUGCAAUACAGUUUUGCAAGGAGA